AUGUCUACAAUCACACAGAGUGCCCUGCAGAGCUCGUAUCCGCCCCUCCUCCCGAAAGAGUUCAAUGGGAACCAGCCAAAGACCAUCCGACUCUUUCCCUUGAGCAACUAUACCUUUGGUACAAAAGAUGGACAGCCCGAAGAGGAUCCGUCUGUGAUGGCACGUCUCAAGCGUCUGGAAGAGCACUACAACGAGUAUGGUAUGAGAAGGACUUGCGAGGGUAUCUUGGUCUGCCACGAGCACAACCAUCCCCACGUACUAAUGCUACAGAUUGCAAACGCUUUCUUCAAGCUACCUGGCGACUACCUCCAACCCGAAGACGAAGAGAUUGAUGGGUUCAAGAAUAGACUGAAUGAGCGCCUUGCACCGGUUGGAUCACAAUUCACGGGUGAGGGAGUUAACGACGAAUGGCAGAUUGCAGACUGUCUUGCGCAGUGGUGGAGGCCGAAUUUCGAGACGUUUAUGUAUCCAUUCAUCCCGCCUCACGUCACGCGGCCAAAGGAGUGCAAGAAACUGUAUUUCAUUCAAUUACCAAAGAGCAAGGUCCUUAGUGUCCCAAAGAACAUGAAGCUCCUCGCCGUGCCGCUAUUUGAACUUUAUGACAAUACGCAGCGUUAUGGUCCCCAACUAUCGGCUAUCCCACAUCUGCUCUCGCGGUACAAUUUCGAAUAUAUAGAUGAAAAGGGCGAGAUCGUGGCUGUCACUCCAGGCGGUGGCCCGAUGAGCGGUAAUGUGCCUCAGACGAAAGUACUGGCAGGCGGGGACGAGGAGAUGAACGGAGAUGGCAUCACCUCAUGA